AUGUCUGCAACUGAACCAACCAAGGAGAAAGUUCCUCUUCAGGAAGACGAAGAUGAAGAUGAGGACAUCGACCAAUUGGUGAUGGAUUUGCAAUCCAACCACGGAGCAGCCGGAGGUGAGGACGACGAGGAAGAAGAGGAGGAAGAAGGACACUCUUCUUUCAAGGAAGUUCCGGAGGAGCUUCUUAGAACUGACCCUAAGGUUGGUCUUACUUCUGACGAAGUCACCAGAAGAAGAAAGAAGUUCGGUCUCAACCAGAUGGCCGAGGAAAAGGAGAACUUGGUGCUCAAGUUCUGUAUGUUCUUCAUCGGACCUAUUCAGUUCGUUAUGGAGGCUGCCGCUAUCUUGGCCGCUGGUCUUGAGGACUGGGUCGAUUUCGGUGUUAUCUGUGGUUUGCUUAUGUUGAACGCUGGUGUUGGUUUCAUCCAAGAAUACCAAGCCGGUUCUAUUGUCGACGAAUUGAAAAAGACUUUGGCUAACUCUGCUACUGUUAUCAGAGACGGCCACCCUGUUGAAGUUGGUGCAGCUGACGUUGUUCCAGGUGACAUCUUGCAGCUUGAGGACGGUGUGGUUAUCCCAGCCGACGGUAAGCUUGUUUCUGACGAGUGCUUCUUGCAAGUCGACCAGUCCGCCCUUACCGGUGAGUCUUUGGCCGUUGACAAGAGAUCUGGUGACCCAACUUUCUCUUCUUCCACUGUUAAGAGAGGUGAAGCUUUGAUGAUCGUUACUGCUACCGGUGACAACACUUUCGUCGGUAGAGCUGCUGCUUUGGUUAACAAGGCUUCCGGUGGUCAAGGUCACUUCACUGAGGUCUUGAACGGUAUCGGUACUACCUUGCUUGUUUUGGUCAUUGUCACCUUGUUGGUUGUCUGGACUGCUUCCUUCUACAGAACCAACAAGAUCGUUAGAAUCUUGAGAUACACUCUUGCUAUCACCAUUGUUGGUGUUCCAGUCGGUCUUCCAGCCGUCGUUACCACCACCAUGGCUGUCGGUGCUGCUUACUUGGCCAAGAAACAGGCCAUUGUCCAAAAAUUGUCUGCUAUUGAGUCUCUUGCUGGUGUCGAGAUCUUGUGUUCCGACAAGACCGGUACUUUGACCAAGAACAAGCUUUCCCUGCACGAGCCUUACACUGUCGAGGGUGUUGAGCCUGAUGACUUGAUGCUUACCGCUUGUCUUGCUGCCUCCAGAAAGAAGAAGGGUCUUGACGCUAUUGACAAGGCUUUCUUGAAGUCUUUGAUCAGCUACCCAAGAGCCAGAGCUGCUUUGACCAAGUACAAGAUGCUUGAGUUCCAGCCAUUCGACCCUGUUUCCAAGAAAGUUACUGCUUACGUUGAGUCCCCAGAAGGUGAGAGAAUCAUCUGUGUCAAGGGUGCCCCAUUGUUCGUUAUGAAGACUGUGCAAGAAGACCACCCAAUUCCAGAAGACGUUCUUGAGAACUACGAGAACAAGGUUGCCGAAUUCGCUUCCAGAGGUUUCAGAUCUUUGGGUGUUGCCAGAAAGAGAGGUGAAGGUCACUGGGAAAUUCUCGGUAUCAUGCCAUGUAUGGACCCACCUAGAGAUGACACUGCUAAGACCGUUAACGAGGCUAGAGAACUUGGUUUGAGAGUCAAGAUGCUUACUGGUGAUGCCGUUGGUAUUGCUAAGGAGACCUGUAGACAAUUGGGUCUUGGUACUAACAUCUUCGACGCUGACAAGUUGGGUCUUUCCGGUGGUGGAGACAUGUCCGGUUCUGAAUUGUUCGACUUUGUUGAGAAUGCUGAUGGUUUCGCUGAAGUUUUCCCUCAACACAAGUACAAUGUUGUUGAGAUUUUGCAAAAGAGAGGUUACUUGGUUGCCAUGACUGGUGAUGGUGUUAACGACGCCCCAUCUCUUAAGAAGGCUGACACUGGUAUUGCCGUCGAGGGUGCCUCUGACUCUGCCAGAUCUGCUGCUGAUAUCGUUUUCCUUGCUCCUGGUCUUUCUGCUAUCAUUGAUGCUUUGAAGACUUCCAGACAGAUUUUCCACAGAAUGUACGCCUACGUUGUGUACCGUAUUGCUUUGUCUUUGCACUUGGAGAUCUUCCUUGGUCUGUGGAUUGCCAUCUUGAACGAGUCCUUGAACAUUGACUUGGUUGUCUUCAUUGCCAUUUUCGCCGAUGUUGCUACUCUUGCCAUUGCUUACGAUAACGCUCCUUACGACGAGAAGCCAGUCAAAUGGAACUUGCCAAGAUUAUGGGGUAUGUCCAUUGUUAUGGGUGUCAUUCUUGCUGUCGGAACCUGGAUCACCUUGACCACCAUGUUCUUGCCAAAGGGAGGUAUCAUCCAGAACUUCGGUUCCAUCGAUGGUGUCUUGUUCUUGCAAAUCUCCUUGACUGAGAACUGGUUGAUUUUCGUUACCAGAGCCACUGGUCCAUUCUGGUCUUCCAUGCCAUCUUGGCAAUUGUCUGGUGCUGUGUUCAUCGUUGAUAUCAUUGCAACUAUGUUCACCUUGUUCGGAUGGUGGUCUCAAAACUGGAACGACAUCGUUACCGUUACCAGAGUGUGGAUCUGGUCUUUCGGUGUCUUCUGUGUUCUUGGUGGUGCUUACGUUAUCAUGUCUGAGUCUGAUAAGUUCGACAGAUUCAUGAACGGUAAGCCACUCAAGGAGAAGCCUCCUCAGAGAUCUCUUGAGGACUUCAUGGUUGCCAUGAACAGAGUCUCUACGCAACACGAGAAGUCCAAUUAA